CUUUUGUGUACUUUUUGCACAUUUGAAAUUGAUUUGAAAAUCUCUCUCUCGCCCUCUCUCUCAAAUGUCGCUAAGCGACGGGUAAUGCUCUUAUUGUACCUGUACUUUGAUUUGAUAUUGUAUUUGAAUAAGUUGGUUGUUAAAGCUCCAAGGUGAGUAAGAUUAAAGUUGUGGGCCAGUUAAAGGGCUGCAUGGGGGGCUACGAGCCCACGGCGCUGCUGGCUGAGUUUUGCCACACCGACCAGCGUCGACCGUUCCCUUUGUGGCAGGACGGACACGUGGGCGUCUGUUUCAACCAGCUGGUCCUCGGCGUCCUGCCCCACAUCGUCAUGGCCGCCGUGGCUGCCUUCUACAUGGGCGCGGGCAGGUGCCAGCCCGCAUGGGUGGCGCCCCCCUGCGGCCGGACGCUCCGCCUUCUGUCGUCGGCACUGGCUUCUGCGCUGUUCGCCGCCGACGCGGCACUGGCGCUCGCGUCUGGGCGUCCUGACAUGUAUCCGGAUGUCCUUGCCGGUGGCUUUGGCACCCUGGCCUGGCUGGUCCAGGUGGGGGCCGUGGCCGCCCUCCCGCGGUGGACGCGGGGGCCUCUGCCGCUCAGCCUGUCCGUGCUCCCCAGCAUCCCAAACCUCGUCUUCACCGUGGUCAUCUACCUCCAAAGAAGCGUCCCGGCGACGUCAAGCGGAGCCCUCCAGUCGGCCCGCUUCGUUCUGGCCGCCGUCCGGAUGCUCCCCGUGCCGCUGUAUCUCGUGGGGACGGCUCUGGCGCCCGCGGCGCCCCUCCAAGACGAGGACGCUGCGCCUCUGCUUCCCGAGGAGGACACGGGCGAAAUGGUGGCGGAGGACGGCAGCGGGUGCUUCUCCCGCCUUUUCUACCUGUGGCUGACGCCCCUCCUGCGGCGGGGCCGGCGCGGCGAGCUGGACCGGCCAGCCCGCGUCUACCACCUGCCCCGCGACCUGCGCGCGGCCGUCAUCCGCCGCCGCUUCCGCCGCAGCUGGGCCACCUGCCGCCGGGGGGCGUCGCCCGAGCCCCGCCCCCGGCCCGUCGGCCCCGACUUUGCCGAGGAACUGCCCGAGCUGGACGGCGACGUGAGCCUGUUGCGUGUCCUGCACGUGGCCUUCGGGGGGCGCUACUAUGCCCUGGGCGCGUUGAAGCUGGUGGUCAACAUGCUGCGCUUCUGCGGGCCGCUGCUGCUCAGUCUCCUGGUGAGCUUCAUGGAGGAGCGGGACGCCGCGCUCAGCCGCGGCGCCUGGUGUUGCGCCGCCCUCUUCGCUAGCUCCCUCCUCUGCGCCGUCCUCCAAAAUGUCUUCGCCUUCCAGGUGUCCAAGGUGGCGCUGUCGGCCCGCGCCGCCCUGGUGUCGGCCAUUUACGCCAAGGCGCUGCGGGUGGGCGGCGCCGGUCUGGCCCGCUUGGCCUUGGGGGAGGUGGUCAACCUGAUGAGCGCCGACACGGACCGCGUGGUCAACUUCUUCAACAGCUUCCACGAGCUGUGGAGCCUCCCCUUCCAGCUGGCCAUCGCCCUCUACCUGCUUUACCUGCAGGUGGGCGUGGCCUUCCUGGGCGGGCUGGGCCUGGCCCUGCUGCUGGUCCCCUUCAACAAGUUCUUGGCGUCGCGCAUCGUCCGCAACAACCGGCGCAUGCUGCGCUACAAGGACGCCCGCGUCAAGCUGAUGACGGAGCUCCUGCUGGGCAUCCGGGUCAUCAAGCUCUGCGGCUGGGAGGCCCACUUUGCCCGCAAGGUGCGGCGAUGUCGCGGCGGCGAGCUGUCGCACCUCAAGGCAGUCAAGUACCUGGACGCCAUGUGCGUGUACACGUGGGCGGCGCUGCCCGUGCUCAUCUCCAUCCUCACCUUCCUUACCUACGUGCUCCUGGGACACCAGCUUACCGCCGCCAAGGUCUUCACCACGUUGGCUCUGGUGGGCAUGCUGAUCGUCCCUCUCAACGCCUUCCCGUGGGUGCUGAACGGCAUCCUGGAGGCCAAGGUGUCGCUGGAGCGCAUCCAGGGCUUCCUCGGAGUCGGCAACCGCAAUCUGCAGGACUACUACGCCCUGGUGUGGCCUGAAGACAACCGGACGGCGGUCCUGUUGGACCGGGCCGCGUUCAGCUGGCAGGGACCCGCCAAAGCGCAAGACGGCGCCCCCUCCGGACACGCGCUGCUCCUGCACAAUCUCAAUCUCAACAUCAAGAAGGGCAGCCUGACCGUGGUGGUCGGGAAGGUGGGUUGCGGCAAGAGCUCCCUGCUGGCCGCCAUCGCCGGGGAACUCCACAGGCACGGCGGCCUGGUGUACGUGGCGGAUGACGAGCGCGGCCUGGCCCUGGCGGCGCAGGAGCCGUGGAUCCAGCGCGCCUCCGUGCGCGACAACAUCCUGUUCGGCAAAAGCUACGACGCGGCUUUCUACCGGGCCGUGGUGGAGGCCUGCGCUCUGGCCGACGACCUCGCCAUUUUGCCAGACGGCGACGCCACGGAAGUGGGCGAGAACGGAUUCACGCUGAGCGGAGGCCAGAAAGCCCGGCUGGCCCUCGCCAGGGCCGUUUACAUGGACAAAGACGUCUACCUCCUGGAUGACCCGCUGGCGGCGGUGGACGCCCAGGUGGCCCGGCACCUGGUGCGCAGGUGCGUCCUGGAGCUGCUGGCGGGAAAGACCAGGAUCCUUUGCACGCACCGCGUGGAGCUGGUGGAGGCCGCCGACCUGGUGGUCCUCAUGGACAACGGCACCGUCGUCAACGCCGGCUCGCCGGCGGAAAUCCUUCCUUUGCUCGAAGCUGAACCAAGCGGCUGCCGUGCGGAGCACCAGCGCAACGAAAAAGAAGGCGAGGGAGAGGAGGAGGAGGAGGCGGAGCGGACGGUCUUGAACGAGCUUCGUCGGGACGUUGACGACGGCGACCGUUUGGGCUUGGAGAAGAAGCAGGCGGGAGGCCUCUCGUGGAAGGUGUACCGGGCCUACUGGACGGCGGUGGGCGGGGCUUUGGCCGCCUCCAUUCUGAUGUCGCUACUCGCCAUGCAAGCCUCCAAGACGGCGUCGGACUGGUGGCUGUCUCACUGGAUCUCGGAGCUGAAGAGCAACUCCACCGCCGGGAGCAACCGUUCCCACUGCGGCCCCCCGCCCUCGCCUUGCCUGCUGAUGUUCUCAACGGGGAGUGUCAUGUCCACUUUGUCGCCGGAGCCGAGCGGUGAGGUGCGCUUCUACUUGGCGGUCUAUGGCGCCAUAGCGGGGGCCAACAGCAUCUUUGCCGCCAUGCGAGCCUUCCUCUUCGCCUACGGCGCUCUCCGCGCCGCCGCCGCCGUCCACGACCGACUCCUGGAUCGCGUCGUCAAGGCCACGGUGAGCUUCUUCGACACGACGCCGCCGGGCCGCGUCCUCAACCGCUUCUCGUCGGACGUGUACGGCGUGGACGACAGCUUGCCCUUCGCGCUCAACAUCCUGCUGGCCGACGUCUUCGCUCUGCUGGGCACGCUGGCCGUGGUGACGUUGGCGCUGCCCUGGCUGCUGCUGGCGCUGCCGCCCCUGGCGCUGCUCUACUUGCGCACGCAGGCCUUCUACCGCCACACCUCCCGCGAGCUCAAGCGGCUGUGCAGCGUCACGCUCUCGCCCAUCUACUCGCACUUCUCCGAGACGCUGGCCGGCCUCGCCACCAUUCGGGCCGGUCGCAACUGCGCCAGGUUUGAGGAGGAAAGCGUGCGGCGCUUGGACGAGAACCAGCGCUGCUUGUUCCUCAGCAACGCCGCCACGCAGUGGCUGGACAUCCGUCUGCAGCUGAUCGGCGUCGUGGUGGUGACCGGCCUCGCCGCCGCCGCCGUCCUGCAGCGGCGCUUCCGCGAGGUCGACCCGGGCCUGGUGGGUUUGGCGCUGUCGUACGCGCUGUCGCUCACCUCGCUGCUGUCGGGCCUCAUCUUCGCCUUCACGCAGACCGAGAUGCAGCUGGUGAGCGUGGAGCGAGCCCACGAAUACUCCAGCUGCCUCCCGGCCGAACCUCAGCAACAGAGCCCGCAGCCGCCGCCGUCGUGGCCCCGCUGCGGAAGCGUGGAGUUCCGCCGUGUGGUCUUGGUCUACAGGGAAGGUCUUCCCAAGGCCUUGGACGACGUGAGCUUGGCGGUGCGAGGCGGCGAGAAAGUGGGCAUCGUAGGCCGCACGGGCUCGGGCAAGUCGUCCCUGUUUGCCGCACUCUUCCGCACGGCGGAGGUGAAUGGCGGCCGGAUCCUCCUGGAUGGGCUGGACGUCGCCGGCGUGGGCCUGCGCCAGCUCAGGUCCAGGCUGGCCAUCGUUCCUCAGGACCCCUUCGUGUUCAGCGGGACCGUUCGAGAGAAUCUGGACCCCUGCGGGCGGCACCGGGACCGGCAGCUUCUGGAGGUCCUGAACCAGUGUCACCUUGGGCCGGCGGUCGACGCCAUGGGCGGGCUGGAUGCCGAGCUUCUGCACCGGGGCCGGACCUUUUCUCUGGGCCAGCGGCAGCUGCUGUGUCUGGCCCGAGCGCUGCUCACGGAGGCCCAGGUUCUGUGUGUGGACGAAGCCACGGCCAGCGUGGACCGCCAGACGGACCGACUGCUGCAGAAGACCAUCGCCGAGCGCUUCCGUCACCGCACGGUCCUCACUAUCGCGCAUAGGAUCAACACCGUCAUGGACUGCGACCGCGUGCUGGUGAUGCACGCCGGGAAGGUGGUGGACUUCGACACGCCGGCGGCGCUCCGCCGGAAGGACGGCUCGCUGUUCCGGCGACUCCUCGGCGGGGAGGCCGACCGCGACGCUUCGACGCCAGCCGGAGAACAGACGCCGUCGCCGGACGUUCACGUUUGAAGGAGGACCGAAGUGUUUGUGCCCCGAAGUUUUUUUAUGAACUCCUUCGCUCCCAAAGACGUUUUGAAACGUCUUUUCAGACUCGGUCCAGAAUCGGCUGCUACUGAAUGGGUUCAUUGUGGCACGAGGACAACAACGUUUCAGUUUUCUGUUCUAUUGCUGAUAUUCGCCACGGGGGAAAAAAAAUAAAAAUCAUCAUCUUAGGGUAAAUUUGGCGCAAUGUAACGACGCUUUGCGGUCCUGAGAGGAUGUUCCAACAUGCGAUGUAAUUUGUCAUCAUUUUGGCUGCUCACCGCGACGAAACCGGUCGGGGCGAGGAAGGAGGAAACGGCUAAAAAUAAACACAAACGUGACAUUUGGUCUGAAA